AUGCGAACUCGCACUGCCUCCGCUGCGGGGCUGCUUCUCGCACGACCAACGACAACCUCCGUAUGCUCGAAAUGCCUACACGACGAUCCUCUCAUAACGGGUAUCUCAAAUCAAACGCGCAAAUAUCGCCCAACCCGCCCAAGAAAUGUGUCUCCAUUUGGUGCUGCUGUAUCAGCAGCCCAGACAAUCUUCAAGGGAAUCCCAAAGGCCCCGCCAGGUAUCUCUGUUGAUCCAUUAAGGAUCGUGGGCAAGGAGCUGAAGUUCUUGACCAAGAACAUCCGCCAACUGCUCGGCUCAGGCCAUCCAGCCCUGGAUAAGGUGGCUAAAUACUAUACUCAAAGCGAGGGAAAGCAUAUGCGACCUUUACUGGUUCUGCUUAUGUCUCAGGCCACCGCGCUGGACCCUCGGAAAGAUUCAUCCUCCGCUAGCACUCGAUCUGUCGAUAACCCACUGAGCUCACCCUCAAUCCUCGACGAUACAAACCCUGAUAUGAACCCCCUAGUAUCGCGAUCUGCCGAAGUCCAAUAUGACUUUUCCGGCGAUGACAACAUCCUCCCCUCUCAGCGCCGCCUGGCCGAGAUCACCGAACUCAUCCACACGGCCUCUCUUCUCCACGACGAUGUCAUCGAUAAUGCAGUGACCCGCCGCGCUAGCAGUUCGGCCAAUACGGCUUUUGGAAACAAGAUGGCUGUCCUGGCAGGUGACUUCCUGCUUGGUCGUGCUUCCGUGGCUCUGGCCCGCCUUCGUGACCCCGAGGUUACUGAGCUGAUGGCGACGGUCAUUGCCAACUUGGUUGAAGGAGAGUUCAUGCAGUUGAAGAACACCGCACAGGAUGAAUCUAAGCCACAGUAUACGGACGAAACCCUGUCGUACUAUCUGCAAAAGACCUAUCUGAAGACUGCUAGCCUGAUCAGUAAAUCAUGCCGAUCUGCCGCUGUUCUGGGCCGUAGUGCCCCUGAGGUCGUCGAGGCUGCCUAUUCCUAUGGCCGGAAUCUUGGUCUGGCUUUCCAGCUUGUGGAUGAUAUGCUGGAUUAUACCGUUACUGAAGCCGAGCUGGGCAAACCUGCUGGCGCGGACCUGGAAUUGGGUCUGGCUACAGCCCCAUUGCUGUUUGCUUGGGAAAGCAAUCCGGAACUUGGGCCCCUGGUUGGACGCAAGUUCCGAGAAGAAGGCGACGCUCGUGAGAUCGUCCAUCGCAGUAACGGCGUUGAGCAGACCCGCGCCCUUGCCCAGGAAUAUGCGGACAAGGCUGUGGCCGCCAUCAGUGACUUCCCCGAUGGCGAGGCCAAGACUGGCCUUAUUGAGAUGUGCGAGAAGACCAUGCGACGACGCAAGUAA